AUGCUGGUUUGGGAGGUUAUGACGUCACUCCUCAGUGGCUCAUACGUCGAAAUCCACGCAGAGUCCGUUUCAUCUAUCUAUCUAUCUAUCUAUCUAUCUAUCUAUCUAUCUAUCUAUCUUAGUCUGUUCAUAUCUAUCUAUCUAUCUAUCUAUCUAUCUAUCUAUUUUAGUCUAUUCAUAUCUAUUUAUCUACCUAUCUGUGUUAGUCUGUUCAUAUCUAUCUAUCUAUCUAUUUUAGUCUAUUCAUAUCUAUUUAUCUACCUAUCUGUUCUAUUCAUAUCUAUUUAUUUACCUAUCUGUAUUCGUCUGUUCAUAUCUAUCUAUCUAUCUAUCUAUCUAUCUAUCUAUCUAUCUAUUUUAGUCUAUUCAUAUCUAUUUAUUUACCUGUCUGUGUUAGUCUGUUCAUAUCUAUCUAUCUAUCUAUCUAUCUAUCUAUCUAUCUAUCUAUCUAAUUCUGCUCCUUUUAUACCUAUCUCGAUGAUUUUCAAUUGCAAAUCUAUCUAUCUAUCUAUCUAUCUAUCUAUCUAUCUAUCUAUCUAUCCACUAAUAAUACAUAUACAUUCUAUUACUCACCAAUUGCACAACUCUGAAGAAGCUCCUAAAACAUACACUUAUUAUUCAUUCUCUUCUCAUCUAUCUAUCUAUCUAUCUAUCUAUCUAUCUAUCUAUCUAUCUAUCCGUGUUCAUAUCUGCCUCAUUGUAUUCAUAUCUAUCUCUCUAAGUGUGUUCAUAUCUAUCUAUCUAUCUAUCUAUCUAUCUAUCUAUCUAUCUAUCUAUCUAUCUCAGUGUAUUCAAAUCUACCUCUCUAUCUAUCUAUCUAUCUAUCUAUCUAUCUAUCUAUCUAUCUAUCUAUCUAUCUCAUUGUAUUCAAAUCUAUCUAUCUAUCUCAUUGUAUUCAAAUCUAUCUAUCUAUCUAUCUAUCUAUCUAUCUAUCUAUCUAUCUAUCUAUCUGUGUUCAUGUCUAUAUCAUUGUAUUCAUAUCUAUCUAUCUAUCUAUCUAUCUAUCUAUCUCAUCUAUUCAUAUCUAUUUAUCUAUUUAAGUGUGUUCAUAUCUAUCUAUAUCUAUCUAUCUAUCUAUCUAUCUAUAUGAUGAUUGUCUCCCUUGAAAUAAGAACUCUCCCUCAGUUAAAUGCUAUAAAUCAACGGUUCAGCUGUGCCUUCCCAUUCAAGCUUUCUUAUCGCGCCUCCAAAUUGUUAUUACAAAUAGGCCCGAUUUAA